GUCAAGUUGUAAAGACGUAAAAGCAGACCGUACCAGUGGAAAUUCAAUAAAAGAAAAAAAAAUAAUAAUAAUAUAAAAGAUAUCCGGUUACGGUGAAGUUACAAGAAAAGUUCUAAAGGCACGAAGAAAAUAUUAAUAAGAAUAAUUGAUAGUCUGUGAUAUCCACAAGAAGAAUCAAGUGAAUGAUGCUAUAACGAAGAGCAUGUAGAUUCAAUCUAGGAAAUAAUGAUAAAGUGUGCAAGUUGAAAGCAUUCAAUAAAUCUAAUCAGAUAGAGAAUUUAUGAGUAUAAAGAAAUAAGAAAUAAAAUUAAAUUAUAAAGGAAGUUGUGAGUGUAAAAAGAAGAAUCGCAAGCAGCAAAAAAAAUGAAUUACAAUAAAUUGAAAUUACUUCUCGUCGUAUUAACUUGGCGCAUGGCUAUUGCAAACAACAUCAGUUAUGAAAUUAAAUCAUUAUUUGGACAGCCCGAUUAUCGAUCAGUAAAUUUAACAUGGGAAGUCGAUGAUAAAUAUGCAGGAAAUCGACUAAACGAGGAGAAAGAAGAUGAGACUGAACCAAAAAGCUUUUUUGUACAUUAUUGUGAAAUCCAAAGCUGGGGCGAGUAUCAUCGAUGCAACUCAAAAGUAUUAAUCGAUGAUGACGGAGUUGACUUUGAGAAAGACACAUCAAAAAUCUACAAAAUGACAAUCAACAAUCUCCGAAUGGCAACAAAAUAUUCAUUCAAUGUGAGACCCAAAAGAGUUGGCGAUUCAGAAAAGUCAGCAAGAUCAGAGAACUUCCUAAAAGAUGACAAAACAGGUCAAUCGAUCAUCAUUCCAACAAAAGGAUUCUCAGCAAUUGCGACGAAAUGUCUACCAAAUGAGUCAGAGAUUCUUGUUGAGACUGGACCUUAUUUUGGUGGGAAAAUUGCAUCUGAAAAUGGAAUUUGUGGCAUUCAAGGAAAUGCAAAAGAUCCAAAAGAAACGUAUGCAAUGAGAAUUGAUCACGAACGGUGUGGAUCAACAGUGUCACAUGAAGAUUUGACAGUCGAAACUUACAUUACUGUUCAAGAAAAUUCAGGAAUCCUAACACACAGCACAAGAAGAUUCCUUGUUGUCUGCACAUUCCAGCCAGACACACUGACAGUCAGAGCAAGAUUAGCACUGCCUGGAAAAGGUGAUGUAGUAGUUGAGGAAGAUUCAUGGUCAGAUAGAGAACGAACAUCCCGUAACCGGCAAUUUAAAAUGGUCGAUAAGUCAGCCUUGAUUCUUAAAGAAAGUGGCGAGCAUUCUGUUGAAAAUGCAAUCGGAGAUAUUGAAAAUUUGACAGAAAAGAUUUUAACAAAAGAAGUUACAGUUCCUUCAUCAUCGCCGUCGCCAAAUAAGAAUCAAACCACAUUUUCAUACAAAAAUCCACGAUUUUCACGGUACGCUACUGAAAAUGAAAAAUCAACAGCCUUUCAAAUAGACGCAAUCACUUGUUUAAUAAUUGGAGUAGCACUUAUAGUGCUCAUAAUUUUUAUCGCAUUUAUAAUCUAUCGGAAGGAUAGAAAAGGCGAGGAGCAGAUGGAAAGACUACAAAGUAACGCUGUUUAUUAAUUAAGUUUUUUUUUUGAAUUAAUUUAAGAGAAACUUCUCGAUAUACCAAGGGUGGAUGUUUGGAGUUAGGUUUGGUUGCUGCUAUGGUUUUAUUGACUUUUUGAACUCAGGUCUUGGUGUUAAAUCUAGACCUGCUUAAAACUCAAAUUAUAAUACUACAGUAGCUACCAAACCUAGCUUUCAACCCACCUUUACUACAAACUUAAUAUUUAAACUGAUUUUAACCUUAAAAAAUACGGAAGUUGCUGAAUUCUAGAGAAACAUACUUUGUGUUUAUGUAGAAAAAUUUAAUAUAGAUUAAAAUAAAUUAUUGAUGAAGGUUAGGGAAUUUGCUCUACUUAGUGAUGUAAUUUUCAAGUUCAAUGUCGAUAACCUUUUCAUUUUAGGGCAACUUGUUAAAAAUUCCUUAAUCUUCAUCGAAUGCUUUAACAUUCUCGUCUUCUGCUUCUUCCUGCUUAAUUUAAAUAUUACAAAUAAAAACUCAAUUUAGAGCAGAUCUAAUGUGCAUGCAACUAAGCAGCAAAUGACUAGUAAUAAAAAUCUACUUAGUUGCUAGUACAUGCAGUAAAAAACAAUAACAAUUAUUGAUAUUCAAUAUAAGAUUUAGGUCACUUAUUGGAAUUGGAUUUUUAAUCUAAAUUUUAAAUCAAUGACAAAUUUUCCGAUAGGAUCUUUUUAUAGACCUAACUUGCUUUAUUAAGUUACUUAAGUUUUUGAUCUUAUAUUAUUAAAAUCAUUAAAAUGUAAUACAUUAACAUCCUGCUGACAUUUUGGUGUAAUACAUUUCAUUGAUUUUAGGAACAUGAGAACAAACUUAUAAUUUUUUUUAAAUGUAAUA